AAGGCGGCUCGGUGGCGGCCAUGAGCAAGCGGAACCAGGUGUCCUACGUGCGGCCGGCCGAGCCCGCCUUCCUCAGCCGCUUCAAGCGGCAGGUCGGGUAUCGGGAGGGCCCCACGGUGGAAACCAAGAGAGAGCAGCUUCCACUCGCAGAUGAGGAUAGUGACAAUGUCAGUGACAAGGAAGAUGAGCAGCCUCAAGUGGUAACAUUGAAGAAGGGGGACUUGACUGCGGAAGAAGCGAUGAAAAUUAAACAGCAAAUCAAAGAGUCCUUAAAAUCACAUGAAUCAGAUGGUGAACCAGAACCUGCUGAUGGAAAAAUUAUGUUCAGGAAACCAGCCAAACGUUCGUCAGAGAAAAAUUUGGACUUCAAUGUAAGUUCAAGAAAGAAGAUGAAAGAGGCACAGAAAACUAAGAGAGAAGCAACUACUCCUCAAAGUACAGCUAAGCAAAUAAACAGCAGCCUUCUCUCGUUUGAUGAUGAGGAAAAUGAUGAUUAGGAGUUGUAUGUUUUUAUAUGUUACCCUUGGAGGGAUCUGAGUAAGACUGAGGGUUUGCCUAGACAUAGGAGCAUGGUAUGCAGGUCUUCUCUUACUUUGCUGUAGUCCAACUAGAGAAACAUAGUGUAAAACUAGCAAGAGACAAGUCUUUGCAGUUCAGAUGGAACUGUAUGAGCAGUAUGGCGUGUCUUUCUUUUAAAAGAGAAUUUAACCAUGUAUGUAAAAGCUAUUUGAGGUCACAAAUGAGUAGCAAAAUAGACCUGUACAUAUCCGCCUUAUAUAAAUUUUCAAUCAGUACAUUUUUAAACGUGUAAUUCCUCUCUAUUUACUGGCCUUAGUUGACAACUGUGUGUUUUUUACCUGUUACUGUUACCUUGACAUUCAAAAGAGAGACACUUCACUGCUGUGGAACAGAGGCAGAGGAUUUUUGCACAACUUUUGCAUGUGUGGUGUGGCACAUUAGCUCUUUGCAGAGCCCUUGCAGCAAUUGCUAAAAUUAUGUAGUCUUAAUGCUGCCUGUGGUGAAUGCCAUCUAAAAAGCAUCAAAUUCACUUAAAUUGAUUGUGCUAGCAAGAUAAAGAAAUGGUGAUUGUAGCUGAUGAUAACAACUAAUGCAAAAGAAAGAUUGGAGAUUGUGCACUUUGGUUAUCACACUGAUGGGCUUAGUGCUGUGGUGGUGGUUUCUGUUUGUUGAAGUCUAUUUGUUCCGCUUGGUUACUUUUGUGUUCAUCAUUAUUUGGGAUCUCAAACAGCUUAUUUAAAAGAAACUGUAUUUAAUCUUUAAGCUUUGGAAAAGCGUUCUUUUGGUUUUCUUCAAGUAGGAAUUAUAAACAGGAUAUUUAAGUCAAGGAACAUCAUAACUGUGAUAGAGGAUUUUAAACUCUUUCGGUGGCCCAUGUACAGUACAAUGAAUGGGACCAUUUUUGUGCCAUUUAUAUAACAGGUUGUGCUGAAAAUCAGAAUAGCACUGAAAGCUGCUGGGAUUGGGAAGAACAAGGUGGUGGGAAUGGGACCAGUGACUUUGAAAUCAUUUAGGUGUAUGGUGUGCUCUAUAACCAUAUAUAAGCAAGGCCUGAGACUGCUGCAGAAUUACAGGGUAUAAAACCAGUUCUUCUGUUGUAACAGGACAUUCCAAAUUAUUUGGGCUGUACAGCUUCAUUGAGGAGCAAAUUUGAAGUUGCUGUGUGAAACAGCUGGGUUUAGUUUGUUCAUCUGUUUUAAACAAUAAAUUAUGGUUUCUUUAAA